UUUUCUGAACUGUCAAGGCAGCGUUUCGCAACCAACAGCGGGUAUUGUAGGGGUUCCGUUCCUCUUUGAUUCCUUCUCGCGGUGGGUGCCGUUCCUCGCGUUUUGUUCGUCUGUUGCUGGGGUGCACGUCGGGUGCACGUCGGGUGCCGUUCCUUGCGCGUUCCUUGCGCGUUUUUACGCGUUCCUUGCGCGUUCCUCUAAGGAACCUGAAACGCAAAAAUUUUGGAAAAUUGUCAAACUAGAGAGAGAUCUAGAAAAUGAGUUCGAAAACAAAAAGAUUAUUGUCAAGCGUAAAUUACAAAUAGACGGGUUGGAUUUGGUUCAUGUCUCUCGUCAGCAACAAAAUUUCGAACUUGUUGAUGAGUUAAAUUCAGAGAUACGAAAAAAACCGUGUUUUAAAUUCGAUGAUGAUUUUCUACUUCCCAAAACUUCUCCAACCAAACGGAAAAAACAGUUAUCUCUUAAAAAGAAGCAUGAGCAGGUCAAGAUCACAGAUGAAGGAAAUGCGGAGAUGAUCGAUACUGGUAAUCCAAUCGCCUCAAGGUCUAGUAAUGAUGUAAUUAGCCCCAGGGAUGAUAAGUCAAGCACCCCGACUCAUCAAAUGUACUCUACGACUACAAAUCGGCUACUAAAAGAAGAACAGCGAGAUAAAUCGACAUUUUCACAAUCUUCAGAGUCAAUAGGAAUAGGUGCAAGGUCUAGUAAUGAUGUAAUUAGCCUCAGGGAUGAUAGACCAAGCACCCCGACUCAUCAAAUAUACUCUACGACUACAAAUCAGGACAUUCUUGAUCGGCUACUUAAAGAAAAACAGCGAGCUAAAUCGACAUUUGAACCGAUCUGUUCAAACAUAAUCGAUACAACAAACAAACAUUCAAUGGAUAGAUUGGAAAUCAAACGUGAUUAUACUUGGGUUUCUGUUAUUAACGAGGCAACAAAAUAUAUUGAUGAAUUAAUCGAUAAUUUUGAUACACGCGAUAAAUUCCGUAGCAAACUUCAACUUCCGUUUGUUCCACCGGAUGAAAUUUAUUCAUUUAAUAAACAUUAUGAGAUGAACUGGGUUAAAGACUUACUUCACAAUAAAUCACUUUAUCUGUUAUCAUAUAGGUUAUCUUUUUUUGAGGCCCCACGAAAUCCACUCCUAGAUAAACAUUCCGAAGGUUGGCUGAAUUGCCAUAUCUUAACUUUGUUAAUUGAUGACUGCUUUUUAACAUGCGAAGAAAUUCAAGUUCAUCGGGGUGAAGAAAUGUCAUUGGCAUCUAAUGAGCGUAAAAAUUUAUCAAGGGAAGAAUCGGAAAAAAAACAACCUGGGCACAAAAUUGAUAUUCUCUUUCGUAUCGAUGACAUGGAAUAUUUUGGUUCAGAAACAUACGUUGAUGAAGAUCCACAAAACUCCAAACCGAUUUCCUACAAGCAAAAACUUUUCCGCGAAAUGAAGGAUCAACUAGAUCGUCUCUUAAAGAAAUUAAAAUUUACAAGGGAAACAAUUAAGGAGAUAAAGAAUAUUGCUAUACAUGGAAUAAAUCAAGGAGGUCUUAAUGGAAAGAUCUAUACUAGUGUUUCAGGCGAAACUAUUUUUCAACAUCCGAAACUAUCCGAAACCCUAAAUUUGGAAAGAUUUUUGCAGAUCAAAUUGGCGAAACUAGUUUCGCCCGAAACACUAAUCUAUACAAUGUAUUAUGAUGCUGAUCUUCAACAUUAUUUCGUUUUCGAGACAUGUCAGUAUCGAAUUGGUACUACAUGGGGAAAUAUUCCGGAAAGCCUCGUGUCUUUAAAAAAUAUUCUAUGUUUAAAGAGUUGA